AAGAAUGUAAACCCUAAAUCGGACGGUCUAAAAUCUUCCAUAAGAACUAAAUAUAUAACAAGACAAACAAACCCUAACCCCUUGUCAUUUCUGCGUCUUCCUUAGCUGUCCGCCUCCACCCUUGCUUUCACGGUGACGCACACCUCAAGAACCCAGCAUGCCUUUCAAGAGAUACGUGGAGAUCGGGAGGGUAGGUCUCGUCAACUAUGGCAAAGAAUACGGCAGGAUCGUUGUUAUCGUUGAUGUCAUCGACCAGAACCGCGCUCUGGUUGAUGCCCCAGAUAUGGUGAGGAGCCAAAUGAACUUCAAGAGAAUCUCACUCACCGAUAUCAAGAUUGAUAUUAACCGGGUUCCAAAGAAGAAGGCUUUGAUUGAAGCCAUGGAGAAGGCUGAUGUUAAGAACAAGUGGGAGAAUAGCUCUUGGGGCAGAAGGCUGAUUGUUCAGAAGAGAAGGGCAGCUCUCAAUGACUUUGAUCGGUUCAAGUUGAUGUUGGCUAAGAUCAAGAGGGGUGGAUUGAUCAGGCAAGAACUUGCGAAGUUGAAGAAAGAAAGUGCUGCUUAAGAGUAAUCUGUCCAAUUUUGUUAUCAACAUGAAGCAAGUUGUUUUGGGAUGUUUUUUCAGUUGGUUUUCUAUGGACUACCAGAUUAUGAGAAGUUUAAGAAGAUUUUCCAUA